AUGUUUUUAUUGUUCGGAUUAAAAGCCCGGCCACAAUCACAACAACAGCAGCAAGAGGAAAAACAACAACAGAAACACCAUCACCAACAUCUACAACGAUCACGGUCACGAGAGAAGGAGCAGCAGCAGCUACAACAGCCGAAAAAACAAUCACAUAUCAUCGAGUCAUCAACGAAUCGAACAAAAAGCCAAAUUUACAAUUCUGCAACAACAGCAACAAAUCCUGCAACACCUACAUCCUCGUCAUUGAAAGGCCCACAGAUAACAACAGCCAAGCUGUUAAGCCAACAACAUCAGCACUACCAGCCAGAGCAACACCAGACGACAUUUGCAUUGCAGGCAACAGCAACAACAAGCACUAUUCAUGGGCAUGGAGGAGCAGCAUCACUGUCAUCAAUACAAGACCAUGGAACACCAGCGUCAGCCACAGCCGCAGUCACAUCCUCAUCAUCCGCAUCCACAUCACCGCCAUCCUCAUCAUCAUCGCCACCAACGGGAAAUUUAACUGUAACGCCUCGUUGCCUACACCUGCAUUUGCAUUUAAUUAUUGUGAUUAUCUUGGCCUGCUGUACAAGAAGGCUUCACUGUUUACCCGACGGUCGAGCCACAUGUCGCUCUGUGCCCGGCCUGACCAAAGAUCAAUUGGAACUCUGCUACAAAGCCAGCGAUGUAACCACGGCUGCCUUAGAAGGUCUCGACCUGGCCAUCAGAGAGUGUCAAACGCAGUUUCAAUGGCAUAGGUGGAAUUGUUCAUCACUCAACACAAAAAGCCGCAAUCCCCAUGCAUCGAAUCUCUUGAAGAAAGGUUAUCGUGAGAGCGCAUUUGCCUUUGCCAUCUCAGCUGCCGGAGUGGCCCAUAGUGUGGCCCGGGCCUGUAGCCAGGGUCGCCUCAUGUCCUGUGGCUGUGAUCCCUCGGUGAAUCGCAAAACCCUUAACAAAAAUCUCCGUCAAAGUCUGGACAAGGAGAAGAAACUAUUUUUACAGUAUCUGGAAACAAAUCAAAUUCUCAAUCCGGAAGAUGAGAAGAAAUAUGAACGCUCCAAGAUUGCCAGCCGCUGGAAAUGGGGAGGUUGUUCGCAUAACAUGGAUUUUGGUGUGGAAUUUUCCAAGCUGUUUCUCGAUUGUCGUGAAAAGGCCGGGGAUAUACAAUCGAAAAUUAAUCUGCACAAUAAUCAUGCCGGGAGAAUUGCCGUGUCCAACAACAUGGAAUUCCGUUGCAAAUGUCACGGCAUGUCCGGCAGUUGCCAGCUGAAAACCUGCUGGAAAUCAGCUCCAGAUUUUCAUGUGGUAGGCAAAGUCCUCAAACAUCAAUUUAGACGAGCCUUACUGGUCGACCAAUCGAAUUUGGGUAAUGGCGAACCCAUUGUCGUCCUGAAACGUUCACGCAAUAAAAAAUCCAACAAUGCCAAUGGAAAUGGUGAACGCACGGGUGAGCGACAUGAACGCCCCUCAAACGCCAAAUCAAAUACCGAGAAAAAUGCUCAACGAUCCGCCCGUAAAUUAGAGACAUCUCUAUUCUACUACCAAAGAUCACCGAAUUUUUGUGAAAAAGAUCCAUCUGCUGAUAUUUUGGGCACAGUGGGUCGCAAAUGUAAUCGCAAUAGUACUUUAAGUGAUGGCUGCACCUCGUUGUGCUGUGGCCGUGGUUAUAGCUUAGUUAAGGAACGUCGUGCCGAACGUUGUCAUUGUAAAUUCCAAUGGUGCUGCAAUGUGGAAUGCGACGAAUGUCACGUUGAAGAAUGGAUAAGUGUUUGCAAUUGAAUAGGGGAGAAGACAAAACGAACGCAAUAAAAGUGAAUGGAAAAGGAAACGAAAUAAUAAAUACAAAAUAAAAAUAUAUAAAAACAAUAAAAACCAUAACAAAUAAUAAAAGUAACUUUUUAUAAAAAAAAAAACAAACAAACAACAAGAACACAAAUAAACACAACAAAACAAAAAGAAAGAAAAUGAAAAAAAGAAAACAAAAACAAACAAAUUCUACCAAAUAUUAUGUGAA